AUGGCGACUUUUGAGCAGCUGGUGCAUCCUGGCUUGGCUGCGGGGCUGAGGGAGCUGAAAAUCGUGGCGCCCAACAGCAUCCAACAAAAUGCCAUCCCGUUGGGCCUUUCGGGGCGAGAUGUGCUGGUUUGCGCACAGACCGGCUCCGGCAAGACUCUGACCUUCCUCCUGCCCAUCCUGCAACGUUUGGAUUCCAGUGAUCAACAGGCCGCCGUUCUGGCGCCAACUGAACAGCUGGCACACCAAGUGGCAUCAGUGGCGCGGCAUUUGGCCAAGUACCUGAAGCGGCCCAUAGAUGUGGCGGAAGAUGGCCCAGGCGAGCGCAAGCUGUUUGUGGGCACGCCUGACAAGUUGGCGCGAGCGGAGCUGGGACAUCUCACGAUCCUGGCCAUUGAUGAGGCGGAUCUGCUGCUUUGCGCGGGUGGCUUGGAAGCCCAGCGAUUGGCCAUCGAAGAAGUCUUGCAGACCUUGGAGCCCCGCGCCGCCACGGGCGCUCUGCAGCUGUAUUUGGCUAUGGCGCACCUUACGGAGCAAAGGGAGGAGGAGCUUCUGAAGCGAUUUCCCCACGUCCAGCAGGUGGGCCACGUGGGCGUCAUGGUGCCGACUCUGCGCCAGUGCUUUCACUACUUCCGGGGGGACAAGGAUGCCAAGCUCCUCUUCGUGUUGUCGGAGUUUGAAGCGGAUGACAUUUUGCCCCCGGAAGGCGCGACCAUGAUCUUUUGCGCGUGCAGCGGUGCCUGCGAGCGGCUCAAGGCCCUCCUCGAAGUGGAAAAGCCUGCCUAUCAGACACUGACGCUGCACGAGGAGAGUCCCUUGGAGACCCGCGGCGCUGUUGCCCAGUGCUUCCGUGAAGGGAAUUCCCGGGUCCUCCUUACCACCGACAUGGCCGCCCGAGGCUUGGACUUCCCCCGGCUGCGGCACGUGGUGCUCUUCGAUCCCCCGCAAGACGCCACCGCCUUCGUGCACUCGGCGGGGCGCACGGCGCGCAGGGGCCAGGAAGGCCUGGUGACCUGUCUGGUGGAGGCGUCCCAGGCAACCAAGUGCCACUUCGAUGGGAAGAUCGUGCACGCCUUGAAGGCCUCGUCAGAAGGGGAAUAA